AUGGGAAAUCGAUUGGCAAAUUCAAAUUUUUCAGCUAAACCAAUUCCUCCGGAAGAUCUCUGGUUACAAAACCAAACGUUUCGUGUUCGUCAGCAAUUGUAUACUUUGCUCGAUCGAUGUGGUGGUGGAGCCUUCGGAUCCGUAUGGGCAUCAUCAACUCCACAAGGUCAUCGUGCUGCGGUAAAAGUUUUUGAUUUAAAUCGUUUGCGACCAGGGAUGAAUGUUAAUCGAUUGGUUCAAUCAUUUCAAGAUGAAGUUCAGAUGAUUUACCGAAUGCGUGGUGCAGAAAGAUAUGUUGUUCAUGUUUAUGGAUUUGAUUUCGAUGCACAACGACGUGUUGCAUUAUUAGCGAUGGAACUAGGUGGAGAAUCUUUACAAGAUCGUGCGACGAAUCUGUAUCAAAGUAGUUUAAAAUCACCAAUGAUUGGAGAUGAUUUUAUUCCAGCGAGAGAGCGAAAACAUUUUUGGAUCCAAUUAGUUAAUAUUAUUCUUGUUCUUCAUCAUUAUAAUAUUGUUCAUCGAGAUUUAAAACCAGCGAAUUUCGUCUUUUUUGGCCCAUUGUUAAAAGUGAUCGAUUUAGGUAUUGCUCAAAAGGAAAUCUCCAGAUAUGGCGUAGGACAAAAUUUAAUAGGCGGAACACGGUUCUACAGUGGACCCGAAUGCUUAUCUGGUCAGUAUCCCGUGACAUCAAAAGCUGAUAUUUGGUCACUCGGUGCAAUUCUUUACUUUUUAACAUACGGAACUCCACCUUUACUCGAAUCUUUCUAUCCUCCGCCGAAUAUUCCACCAACUCGCUCUUCACUGGUCAAGAAUCUUCUUCACGCUUGUUUACAAAGAAAUCCCUCUCGCCGACCGACACAUCAGUGGCUCGCACAACAUCCUUUUACUGUUGGUCCUGCUGUUGUUUGA